UUGACGGUGGUAUUCAACACUUCAGAGAGGAUUUUAGAGUCAUCUUCAUCAGAAAACUCAACUGAACUAGCCUUGAUUGGAAACCGUGUGUUACAAACCAGUGAGAAACUCAUCUCUACAUUAGUGAAGCCGACAGAUACAAAUGCCAGUGUCAGUUUUACUCUUCCUGCUGUAGAGGUAGAAGUCUUCAUGGUUGGACCACAGGUCACCUUAGAGAAAAUCCCUCGACUCAACACGACAAAUUCUUCUGUGGACAUCGAUCUCAUUGGGAUUGCCAGGAACAACAAUGGAGGAUCAGCUGCUGUGGCUUUCAUGAGCUACAACACGAUGGAGAAACUACUGAAGCCAGACUUCUUCAACACAUCAAAUGACACAGUUAAAACCAUGAUGUCCACUGUGAUCUCAGUUACUCUUCCCAAAACCACCAACACUAAACUCACCAAACCAGUCAACUUCACCUUCAGACACAUCAGAGAGUUUGAUCCCAGUGGUUCUCUGUCCUGUGUGUACUGGAAUAUCAGCAAGUGGAUUGUAGAUGGAUGUUCUGUUUUAAAGACCAACAGCAGCUACACUGUGUGUUCCUGUGAUCAUCUGUCCACAUUCGCUCUUGUGCAAGUCAGCCGCCCACCUUGUGCAAAUCAGCCACCCACAGUCACCCAGGUUUUCAGCUCAAAAAUGGAUCGGGUGAUUUGGGUGUGUGUGAUCGUGGGGCUGGUGUUCUUCAGUUUGGCCCUGUUGACCUUUGCCCUUUAUAAGAGUCCUGUGCGUGAUUGGAUACGUGGUUGCAUUGUGCUGGGUCCUGAAGGCUACAACAGGAAAGAGUUACGCUGCAGUGAACGAAGUGCUUCAGAUGCUGUGGACUCAAACCCAACUUCAAAAGUGUCCCAAAAAACACAGAGGAAAACCUGUUAACCCUAGAAUGCAUGGACCAAAAUCAGCACAUAUGCAUAAAGGGGGUCAAAUUGUUAUUAAAGAUCUUCCUAGAAAAAUAGGUGACAUUGAAAUAGCUAAAAUAAUUGAUGGCACAAAUGUUUUAAUAUACCAAACAUCUUUAUUUGUCCACAUUUAUUUUUAUUUAUUUAUUUUUUAUUUUUUUUGCAGCUGUACUUUUCCUAAAUACACUCAGAACGUAUUUAGAUGUACUGUAAAGCAUGUUCUGGACUGAAC